UUAUCUCUGAUAAGUGAAAAUUCCAAUUAUACUUCUAGCAGUAAUCAUGUGGAUGUUACGCUUUGAAGUACACAUUGCGACUAUUUCGGUUCUUCUCCUUCUCUCUAAGAACAUUCACAGUGCCAAUAUAUUAUUCGUUUCUGUUUUUCCCUCAAUAAGUCACCAAAAGGCUUUUCAGCCAGUGUGGAAAGAGUUAUCCCUAAGAGGUCACAACGUACACGCGGUAACUCCUAGUCCUUUAGGAGACCCAACCUUGACUAAUUUAACGGAAUAUGACCUCAGUUUCUUAUACGAAAGGUUAAAUAGUAUUCCUCAGGAAGAUAAACAGUACGUUUUGAAGAAACCCAGUUUUCCAAUAGUAUUCCUAAAAGACAUUUAUAUGACGUAUAUGUUCUCAAAGCUAAGUGAGAUAAGCUUCAAACAUGAGGAAAUGCAACGGUUGAUAAAAAGUGACGUGAAAUUCGAUGUUGUUAUAGCCGAAUGGCUCUUUCCCACUAUGAGCGCUUUCGGUGCGAAGUACCAAUGUCCCUUGAUUGGAAUUUCAUCACUGGGUGCACCGCUAGUUGGUUUGGAUGCUGUGGGUAAUCCUUCUCAUCCAAUAUCUAGUCCUGAUCAAAACUUGCCAGUUACAAGGGACAUGCCUUUCCGGGAACGCCUUAUGUCUGCUCUAUAUUCCGUUUACGUGAGGACUUGGUAUCACUUAGUGGUGCUUCCAAGAGAAGACGGACUAAUUAAAAAGUAUCUGGGGGAGGAUAUGCCAUAUUUAGGCGACAUCGAAAGGAACGUCAGUAUCUUGCUUCUUAAUAGAAGUCCUGUUUUUCACCGCGUUAUGCCUGUAGUUCCUGCUAUAAUCGAAUUAGGGGGGAUUAGUUUAAACAGAACUAAACCAAAGUUAGAUUUGGAGCUCCAGAAAUUUUUGGAUAAAUCAACACAAGGGGCGAUUUACUUCAGCUUGGGCUCGGGCUUAAAGAGCAUAUACCUAUCUGAAUAUGUAAUUAAUAUACUAUUAGAUGUUUUCGGUAAAUUGCCGUAUAAUGUUUUAUUUAAAUGGGAGAACGAUACAUUGCCUGGGAAGCCAGAUAAUGUCUUCAUCUCAAAGUGGGUUCCUCAACUUACGGUACUAGAUCAUCCCAACGUGAAGUUGUUCCUAAUGCAAGGUGGACUGCAAUCGUCGGAAGAGGCGAUCUUGGCGGAAGUACCAAUUAUUGGCUUCCCAACCCAUUCCGACCAAACAUUCAAUGUUGACACGUUUGUUAAGUACGGAGCAGGACUUGGUCUUGAUCUGGACUACUUCACUGCUGAAGAACUGAACUCAUCCAUUUAUGAAAUAAUGACCAAUCCAAGUUAUAAAGAGAAUGCUAAGACCCUAGCAAGCCUCAUGUAUGAUCAACCAAUCGAUGGCCUCAAAAGGGCGAUAUGGUGGAUUGAGUAUGUAAUUAGACACAAGGGUGCCAAGCAUCUACGAAGCCCAAUCCUGGAUAUUCCUUGGUGGCAGUAUUUCAUGUUGGAUAUCAUAGCAUUUUUGUUGGCCCUCUUAUGCGUUAUCCUGACAGCGGUUUAUCUUAUUCUGAAAGGAGUAUACUUGUUCCUGAGAAAAAUCCUUCGAAAGUUGUUUCCAAAAAGCGACAAGGCAAACAUUAAAAAGAAACAGUGAGACUGAAAUAUACCCAAAUGUAGUUAUUUUCAAAUUAGCAUUACAAAUUUUUAACUGAAAAUGUUAUUUUCACACACGUCAAUAGGUUUGUAACGAAUAUUACUUUUUUUAAUCUCAAAAUCCCUUUAUUAAUAUUGCUUGCGCCGAUUUGUUAAAGUAACUCUAAAAAUAUAAUUAUUUAUUUAUAUUACCAUUAAACAGAAUCUUGUAUUUUUUAAUUCCCAUGUAAUAAUAGUAAA